CUCUUUACUUUCUCUCUUCACAAGGACGCACCCUGUGCCUCUCUCUCUCUCUCUCUCUCUCUCUCUCUCUCUCUCUCUCUCUCUCUCAUCAGUUCCUCACUUUGCUGUCUACCCUUCUUUCUCUAAACCCUAGGGUUUAUGCCUUUAUGGGCUUCUCUACUUAGUCUUGUACCAGUUUGGGGAUUUAGGGCAUUUUCGUUCCCUGUUCAUAAUCUCGGUCGACGUCUUGUUUAUCGUGAUUUGGGUUCAGGUUUAUUGACUAGAAAGCAUAACAUUGUAGCAGUAUUGGGUGUUGUGUGAAAGACCCAGAAGAGUUGGAGAUGGACAAGGUCAAAAUUGAAGAGGUGCAGUCCACUACCAAGAAGCAGCGCGUUGCUACUCACACCCACAUCAAAGGCCUUGGUCUUGAGGCCACAGGAAGAGCAGCACCGUGGGCUGCUGGCUUUGUGGGUCAAGGGGAGGCGAGAGAAGCUGCUGGUCUUGUUGUUGAUAUGAUACGGCAGAAGAAGUUGGCUGGUAAGGCUCUUCUUCUGGCUGGACCUCCUGGAACUGGAAAGACAGCACUGGCUCUUGGAAUUUCUCAGGAGCUUGGGAGUAAGGUUCCAUUCUGCCCAAUGGUUGGGUCUGAAGUAUAUUCAUCAGAAGUUAAGAAAACAGAGGUCCUGAUGGAGAACUUUAGACGGUCUAUUGGUCUACGUAUCAAGGAAAAUAAAGAGGUCUAUGAAGGAGAGGUGACAGAACUAACACCAGAAGAAACGGAGAGUGUUACGGGUGGUUAUGGUAAAAGCAUUAGCCAUGUAAUCAUUGGAUUAAAAACUGUCAAAGGAACCAAACAGUUGAAGUUGGACCCUACUAUUUAUGAUGCACUGGUUAAGGAAAAGGUUGCUGUUGGUGAUGUUAUAUACAUAGAAGCAAACAGCGGCGCAGUAAAAAGAGUGGGCAGGAGUGAUGCAUUUGCUACGGAAUUUGAUCUUGAGGCAGAAGAAUAUGUUCCACUUCCCAAAGGAGAAGUUCACAAAAAGAAAGAAAUUGUGCAGGAUGUAUCUCUGCACGAUCUAGAUGCCGCGAAUGCACGACCUCAAGGUGGGCAAGAUAUAUUAUCCCUAAUGGGUCAGAUGAUGAAGCCAAGAAAAACAGAAAUUACAGACAAGUUGCGACAAGAAAUAAACAAGGUUGUUAACCGGUAUAUUGAUGAAGGUGUAGCAGAGCUUGUUCCUGGAGUUCUGUUCAUUGAUGAGGUACAUAUGCUGGAUAUGGAGUGCUUCUCGUACUUGAAUCGGGCUUUAGAGAGCUCAUUAUCUCCCAUAGUAAUAUUUGCCACAAAUAGAGGAAUUUGCAAUGUGAGAGGUACUGAUAUGGCUAGUCCUCAUGGAAUACCUGUUGACUUGUUGGAUCGGUUGGUGAUUAUCCGAACACAAACUUAUGGUCCUGAAGAGAUGAUAAAGAUCUUAGCAACCCGUGCACAGGUGGAGGAACUGGUUGUAGAUGAGGAGAGUUUGGCUUACCUUGGAGAGAUAGGACAGAGUUCGUCUUUAAGGCAUGCUGUUCAGCUCUUAUCUCCUGCAAGCAUUGUGGCAAAAAUGAAUGGCAGAGAUAACAUCUGCAAGGAGGAUUUAGAAGAAGUAGCUACCCUAUAUCUUGAUGCCAAAUCUUCAGCAAAGGUUCUUGAAGAGCAAAAAGAAAAAUACAUUUCAUGAUCAUUAGUUUCUGAGCAAUGUGUCUAAACACCAGAGUUGGAUUUUGAGAUGUUACUACUUUCUAUUCAGUGCCAGUAGAUGGCUUUACUA